AUCACCCGACUGCCACAUAGUCUUUCAGCACAAGGGGAGGAAGGAACAAAAAAAAACAAUGGGUGUAUUACCACUCUUGCUCCUGUCGGGGUCACUGUUUCUCUGUGGUCAUGUAGAGGCCCAGACCGCUGCUGAAAUGCUGAAAGACGCAGCCCUCCAGUGGAAGGGACCUCUGACCUGCGAAAAAUGGGACUGCAAUUGUACUUUUAACCGCCAGCGUAGCUGCUGCUGUGCAGCCAAUGAUAUGCACCAAAUAGAAGAAGAAACCUUUACUAGGAUUAAGAAUUUGUGGCACAAAAUCAACACACUGAAUAACAGAGUACAGGCUUUCACAGAUGGUUUCAAAGUUGCUUUCAAGGCCUCUAUGGAUCCAAGUAUUGCCAUUCUAGCUCCUGGAUCUACUGACUAUUGCUUUGGCCCUUUCAAUGCCAAUAUGCCAAUCCCAUAUGCCUCUGUAACUCUUAACACUGGCAACGGGUACAACCCAUCUUUGGGUGUCUUCACUGCCCCUGCUCCUGGUACUUAUGUGUUUUCCUUCACAGUCUACUCCUCUGUGGAACAGAACGGACGCCUCUACCAUAAAGUCCAGCUGAUGAAGAAUGGGGUGAUAGUGGUCGGUGUGUGGGAGAACAAUCGAGAGGAUAGUGAAGACAGUGCUACUCAGGUUGUAGCCCUGGAGCUGCUGCGAGGUGAUCAGGUCUACCUGGAGCUGAUGUCUGGGAGGAAACUCUGCACAUCUCUGAACUACAAUAUCUUCACUGGUUACAUAGUUUACCCCUACAUUAAUCAGUGAUGCACCAGCUGCAGAUUCAGGCUACUUUACUUAUAUGAAUCACGUUAUCUGCAUACAACUGAGAAGUAAAGAAUUAUUUUUGUCCCCACCAGAUGUAGGUUUUUGAUCUACAUGUUCCACAGUUCAAGAACCCCAGCUGUAGUUAUAAGCAAGAUCGGCAUAUCCACAUGAUCAAACACAGAAGAUACACAUUUUUUGCAAAAAAUUGUGCUUUGAUUUAUUUGAAAUAAAACAUGUAUGCAUGUGAAUGAAUGACAUAAUAAAAGUGUAUC